UAGUAAAGCAACACCAUUGUGAUUUUUUUCCUGCCUUGUGGCCUCACCUGUUUAUAAGGACUGGACUUUUAUUUAUUAAGUUGUGUUGUUUUAUUGACAAUACAUGCAUCAUAUCUUUUGACUUUGAAGGAUAUCUCAUGUCAAAGGAAUCAAGUUAUGAUUUGUAGAGGAUUCAGCUGGAAUACCUUGUGGGUGCUGGCUGAGGGUGGCAAAACGCCUACCGAGACAUGAAGGUUUUAGCCACUAGUUUUGUCCUUGGGAGCCUGGGGUUGGCCUUCUACCUGCCUUUGGUGGUGACUACACCUAAAACACUGGCCAUCCCUGAGAAGCUGCAAGAAGCUGUGGGGAAAGUUAUCAUCAAUGCCACAACCUGUACUGUCACCUGUGGCCUUGGCUAUAAGGAGGAGACCGUCUGUGAGGUGGGCCCUGAUGGAGUGAGAAGGAAAUGUCAGACUCAGCGCUUAGAAUGUCUGACCAACUGGAUCUGUGGGAUGCUCCAUUUCACCAUUCUCAUUGGCAGGGAAUUUGAGCUUAGCUGUCUGAGUUCAGACAUCUUGGAGUUUGGACAGGAAGCUUUCCGGUUCACCUGGAGACUUGCUCAAGGUGUCAUCUCCACUGAUGAUGAGGUCUUCAAACCCUUCCAAGCCAACUCCCACUUUGUGAAGUUUAAAUAUGCUCAGGAGUAUGACUCUGGGACAUACCGCUGUGAUGUGCAGCUGGUAAAAAACUUGAGACUUGUCAAGAGGCUCUAUUUUGGGUUGAGGGUCCUUCCUCCUAACUUGGUGCAUCUGAAUUUCCAUCAAUCACUUACUGAGGAUCAGAAGUUAAUAGAUGAGGGAUUGGAAGUUAAUCUGGACAGCUACUCCAAGCCUCACCACCCAAAGUGGAAAAAGAAGGUGGCGUCAGCCUUGGGAAUAGGAAUUGCCAUUGGAGUGGUUGGUGGCGUGUUGGUGAGGAUUGUCCUCUGUGCGCUGAGGGGGGGCCUGCAGCAGUGACAGCUUCAAGAACUUAACAGCCUUGCUCCUGAAGAACUGGCUGCCCAGGAAGCCAAACUAGCUUUUUAGGGGAGUGUUCCAGCUGCUGGUAGUGGAUCAGCUUAGAGGGAACACUCCCACAGCCAAAAGAAUGAGUGGGAGAAAUGGAGGGGACAAUCUCCUGGGAGCUAUGCGCAGUAAUCUAACUUCCUUAUGUCCCAUGGAUCUCUUCCUGAUCUUCCCUGCACAUUGGGUACCCAGGAAACUGCAAGCAUUGCCUGUGUUCCUGGGAAGAGUUGUAAGAAGCUUGCAUUCAUUUUCUACCCUGUAUGACUUGGAUGCCUCCUCACCUCCAUUUCCCCUCUUCUGAGCUGUGUAUUCAUGUAGAGGGAUGUAUUCAGCCUUUUUAGUGAACAUUUUUUUUCAAUAAAAGUAAUUCACAGUA